GAUUGAAGUGCCUGGAUUCAAUCAACACUGACCAAGGGCCAUGCGGCGAUAAUCAGUGGAGCAGUGCGUUCCUGCAUCUAAUUUACCACAUUGGUCCGGCCAGAUCUCAAUCUCGUGAGGGGAUGGUAUUACUUGUUCUUAUGAAAGUGAAACAUUCCCGUCGUGUAGGAGUCAGAGGGGAAAAGGGCAUGGGGCAUGGGGCAUGCUACUGGCGGUUGUCCUUGCAUGGCGGAAGCAGGUACCUCAACUCAACUCCUCUCCGGAAGGGAUUUCGGCUGCCGUAUUUGCAUCCUAGCAUCAGGUACAUGCCUGCUCAGUCACAACGUCGGGCGUCGUUGCUGGGCUCUCUGGCGAGGUCGAGGGAGGGGAAAUUGGUCCCAACGUGAUGCCGCAGCCGAUACGAAGAUGCGCAUUCUCAUCUCCGAUACAGAGAGAUCCGUUAUGCACGUCAUCUCCAGGGUAGAGGGCUCCGUAAAACGACGGCGAUUGUAUUUCCUAGGCACAUAUUCGUAAGACAUGGUAACCUGGAUCAUCGCCGGUGAUAGGCGGUUUAAUUUCUUUUGAUCAAGUCGAUCGAAGCCGGUGGGGUCAGUGUCAGCCGUGGCUGUCG